ACUAACAGAAAGUUUUGUCAUUACGUUUGUCAUUUGUUACAGAUAAUCAAGUGAAAAAAUAAGUAAAAGAAAAUAAAAUUUAGUACAAAUAUUAUAUUAGAGAACGUUCUCUUUGGGAAGAAUUAUUUUUUGAAAAAUAUUUAUUUACUCUGUUCUAUCUUUAUAUACAAAAUGGAUAUGAAGACAUAUAAGUGUCCUAUAAAUCGUUUCCAUCGCCUUGAAUAUGCGAUUGUUAACUCAGAAGAGCUUCACGAAAGAUUUGAGAACAUUCCUGCAAUUCCAAAAAAUGGAGACACGUUAGAAGCACCAAAUUUCGAUUUUGUUGAGAUCAACAUCUGCAAACACAGGAGUGAAAGCAAUUAUCCAGCAUCGCUCAACGAAAUAAUCUCAGACGGAAAUAUAAAUGACACAGAUGAGUUUCAAUGUCGUAGGAAAAGAAUUAAGCAUAAUGAUAUAUCGUUGAUGAUUUUGUCGUCAAGCACUAAAGAAGACAUUUCAGAUACAGAUAGCAUUAAAGUUUACGUUGCAAGUGGGAUGGAAGACGAAGCAAAAACUAUAAAAUAUAUAAAAAGGUUCGGAAGUUGCCAUGACAUUGUAACUCAAAAAGAAUGUAUCUCGCAGGCUGUUUGCAACUUGUUAGAACGAAUUGCGCUAAAGUCGUUGAAACCAAAAUGCGAAAGUCUGAAUUCAUUUCUUCAUGGUAAUGCAACCAUGGCAAGAAAGAGAACGAAAUCAGCUGCCCUCCGACGGCCGAACCAUAAACGACUUUGCAAAGAUCCCAGCAGUGGUGUCAGUAUGUCAAGUAAGACAUCACUAUCAAGAAACAAACACCAAAUCUAUGACGUAGAGAGCUGCAACCAUAUUGGAGAAACGGGAAAUCAAAUGUCAAAAUAUCGACAAGGCAACAAAGAUGAGCAAGAAGCUGAAAGCCUACUGGAGGAGAUGUUGGCUUUAUUUGACAUAAGCAAUGUACCUGAAUGUGAUAGACCAGUUGCGACAAAGAAAGAAAACAAGAAAAUAAGUAAAAAAUUAAGAAAAUCCCUUUUUGCACUGAGCCCUUCAAUCAAGCGUAUAGCGUACCGCUAUAACAAGUUCUAUGUGUAUGCGGUGAAAGAAAGAAAAGAAUAUGAAAUGGAACGUAACCAAAAAAUCAGAGAUGUUUUGAAGGAACAUGGAAUUGAUGAAUGUGAAAUAGCUCCUUGUUCUGAACAUAUCAAGGAAUUAAGUCAUGUUGGAGCAAAGAUAAGGGCCGGGGAAACAAAAUAUGGAACACUCAGUUGUUUUAUAAAUAUUCGAGAAAGACGGAGACGUCGAGAAAGACAGGGUUUUGUUCUGUCAAAGCAUGUUGCACAAGGUUGCACGAAUGUGUACAUAGCAAAUGGAAGAAGAAGACAGCUAGGCACAAUUUUACCGGAAACAAACAGAUAUGAGCACGGAAGUCUUGACAUAGCUGCUGCAGAGCUGCAUGAAGAAAUACGGCAGAUAGAUACAACAUUUAGAGAUUCAAGAGCUGAUCCACUUAACGGUUGUCUGCAUCGGUAUACCGGAGCAGAUAAGAUUGUACGCACAGGAAGAAAGGUACAUAUUUGGGGAGCAAACUCAAGGCCUGGACUGGGAGUAAUUACGGCGCCUGAAGUGAUUUAUGAUGGAAUGAAGAAUCCGCUGAUUCAAGUGGAAGAUAAAGACGUGACUGAUGGAAUGCGUUUCGCCGAAGAAGGUGAUAGUGGGGCUAUAGUAUGCGCGGAUGACCCAGAUAAGAAAUGCGUUCAUGCUUUAGCCAUGGUAGUUGGUACACCUACAGAUGAAACGGGAGAAGCAAGUGCAAAUUCGAAACGAGAAUAUCUAACGCUUCCUCUAUCGAAGGGGUUUGAACAAAUAGAGAAAGCAAUAAAUGGAGAUAUUGAGCUGAUUUAGAGUGAUAGGUAAUUAACUUAAACUGUUUAAUCCAAUUAACCUCGCAAACGUUGCAACAAGUUGAGGAUACAUGUAUCAGUGUACCAAUUUCUGGUUAGGAAAAGUGUUACAGUAACCAUGUAGUAACCAUGUAGUCGACUAAUACGUUUAAAAGUACAGUACCGUAUAUGUUAUAUGUAUUCCACUGAAAUGAUCCUUAAUGAUAUAAUAAUAAGAAUAAUGUUGAAAUUGUUAUAAUAUUUAGUAAUAAAAAUCUUUAUUCUGAACAUUAAGAAAGCUCUGCAUUUAGGUGCUUUAAUCUCUCUAACCUAUAAAAGAAAAUGUAUUGACAAAGUCUGGGUUAUUUUGACAAGAAAAAACUGGACUACAGUUUAAUGCUCAACUUUAUUAUGCUCUAAAGUAUUAUUUGCUUUUCCAUGUUAUCAGUACAUGCAUCCAUUGCUUUAACUGCGUCAAGUACACUUACACAUAUGUUCGUGCUCUCCUUUAACUGAGCAUGUAAGAUAGCAGUCUUUCAUUAAACGUAAUUAGGUUCUCCAAUAAACAGACUACUAAAAACUAUUUGAUAUGUUUUAAGCAGUAACCUUUUGAAUAUGCUGUGUUAGUGCUAGAAAAAUUAGCGUUCAAUUAUAUUAUAUACUUUUAAAUAUAUCUACUUAUAUGUUAUAACAAUUAUUUACUUUUUUAAACCUUUCAUGUUCAUCUAGAGGUAUGUCUAUUUAAUAUAGUUUGUUAUUAGUGUUUGUAAUUAAAAUAUCACGUUGAACAAAGUA